CCUUAGUGUUCUCGGAAUCUUUGUUGACGUUACUGGUCGUCUCCUGCCAACACAACACAGGGCUUUGCGGAGGAAGGUGGGACUCUGGGAUAUACGUCCAGAAUCAUGCCUGCCGUAACAUCUGAAGAUGAUGUGACGCUCUUGUUUGAGCGCCACACUGUGGUGCAGGUGCAUGACAUCUUGAAAAAGACACGAUCUGACAUUGAAAAAAAGAAAGAGGAUUUGCGUGUUAUGGUUGGAGAAAGAUAUAGAGACCUUAUUGAGGCAGCAGACACAAUCUCAGAAAUGAGAAACAGUGCAGAGGCAAUCUGUGGCAACAUCCGUACCAUGGAGGGACUUUGCGAAAGUUUGCAACAGCGUGGACUUAUUGGCUUCAAGACACAGAGCCAUCAUAGUAAUGGCACACUGAGACUCUUCUGCAGUAACAUAGACCUAUCACCAACACCAGGAUCUCACUAUUCAGUGGCAGUACAAGUAAAGCUGCUUGUUGCUGUUCCGGAGAUUUUGUGGAGUCUUACUGAGCGCUGCCAUUACUUGCCUGCUACUCAGCUGCUGCUCCUGGCUCACCAUACCCACACAGCCCUGCAACUGGCCCCUAAUGCUUCAAAGAUCCAGUCUUGGUUUCCAGUUAUAGAGAGGCAGUGGGCUAGCAUAUCACAGUUCCGUGCCACGAUUGUCAGAGGUUGCUCAAAUCUCAUCAGCUCUGAGGUUGAUGAUGUUCAGGCUGUAUUAGAUGCUGUAGUUUCAGUAAUGUUAGUGGAAGGAUGCAGCUCCACAGAUGCUCUAUCUCGGGUCCUUCACCUGCGUCAUAGUGCUCUCAUGUCUGCAGUUGCACCGAAGCCAUCUGCAACUGCUAAAGCACAAAUUUCACAAUUUGUUACUUUGUUCCUAGCUACUCUGAAUAUCAUUCAUGCUGUCUUUGGGAAGGGUAAAGAGGGACAGAGCCUUCUCGAGAAGCGUUUACAGGAGAUAGUCCAGGGUGAAGGAGAGGAUGGAACACCUAUAGCUCAUCUUCAAGAAUCUUUACUUACCCUCUCCUUUUUGCCGCAGUCUAUCAGAAACUUCAGACCCUCUGUACAAGGACACUUGGAUUCGUUAAAUGAUGACAUUCUGAAGAAACAGGUUACUGACUGGCUAAACCUGGUAUUGAAGGAAGCAUCACAAGCUCUUGCAGUGUUACUUUCAUUCUCUACAACCAUCAAGGCCCUAGCUAUGAUCCGCACAAGUGUGUGGGAGAUUUGUCAAGCCAAAGUUGAAAAGGAGCAGUGGAAAACGACAACAGAUGUCCUGUACGGAUCCUACCUUGACCCCUGGGAUUCCGUUGUCCGAGGUCAAGUCACAGAAAGGGCGCGUCAGGUCAUUACAUCUCAGCUGACCAAUGCGAAAGAGGCAAUCGUCCAAAUGGUAGCCAAACUUGCUGAUGAUAUAAUUGUAGACCCCAAGAUCUGCUCAGAGGAAGGAGACAUCACCAGCUUUGUGUGGAGUGAAUCUGCUGGCGACUUGCCAGAACGCGUUGGAUGGACUUGUGCCUCGUCACGAUCUGUCACACAAGCAGGCGGUCUUUACUACAAGACACGUGGAUACACCAGCCGGUUACAGACUAUCUGCAGAGCACUCAAUUCGAGGCUGAUGGCUCUUCUGCAAGAUGUGGGCCAUUACAAUUCAGGUUCAGCAAAUGGAGACCUAUGCUUUGUCAAGGACAGCCCAGUUGGAGAAGACGACCUCAGUGCCAGAGAAGACUACACUGCAUUGCUUAAUUUCCUUCAAGAAACAAGUACUUCAGUCUUUACACAACUCAUAUCAGAGUUGGCAAACCUUGCCCAGCACCACAUGGCUCAGACAGCUCCUAGAGUUCAGGAUGGAUGGGACGACGAUGUGGAUGGAGCUGCCCUGAGUGUUCCCUCUACCAUCCUGGUGGUCAUAGGUCGUGUCUGCCUGGCCUUGCCCAACGUUUGCCCACAGAUGCAGAUGUGUGCCUCAGCAGCAAGUCUGGCAAAUCCAGAUGUUGCAAGGCGUAUAUCAAUGGGCUCAAAGUUAGAAACUGACUCCUGGACAAAAAUGCGAUCUGAGUUCCAGGGAGCCAGUGGACGACUGUUUGGACUCUUCCUUACGUCCCUCACAUCACACCUUGGCACUGAGGUUAAAACAUUCCUUACCACAGAGCUCUCAUCAGGAGGAGUAGCUGCUGCAAUAUCCUAUUUUCCGACUUGGGAGAUAGUAGAUAUUGAGGAAGAAGGGGAGGGUGGAAAUAUAGUGAAGUCAUCUAUCCAUGUCCCUGCCCACCCCACACCUGCUCUCACCCAAGCUCUCUCCCGACUGUGCACAUCAGUGAACUGUGUUGCUGCCCAUACUAUUGCAAGGAAUGCUCAAAGUGAACUUGCAUCAUCUGCUUGUGAAGCUGUGACCAGUGCCUACGAAAGUGCCUUAACCGACACAAAGGAAGUGAACCAAACACUUGCACUGCAGCUCAUCUUUGACUUGCGAUUCAUUCAGACCAUACUCCUUCCACGGGAUAACAAGGAUGUUGGGUCUCGACUGACAGCCAUGAUACAAGCACUGGAGGCCAAAGUUGACCCCUUUGACCUAGAUGUAUUUACUCCACACAUAUCUUCCAGAGUCAAGUUGGCAGCUCACAGAGUGCAGGUGGUUCUGGGGGCCAUACUGUCACGUGACCGCCAAGUCGUUACUGGAAGAGCUCCCUCAGUGGGAAGCUCCUCGACAACAUCCAACAACGCUUUGCCAAUAGUCCAGGCAGUGGAAAUCCCACGGUUCUCGAAUGUGCCUCUUCCCAUCACACUGUCAAGGCCCACCAUUCAUACAUCCAUAACCACACCAAACUUAUCUGCAAGUGUGAACGAAGGACUUCCUCCAAAACUUAGCUCAACUAAGCAGCUUCAUCCUCUUUCAAAAGAGAAAUGAGAGUAUGUCUGAAUAAGGUGUCACUUAUUGCAUGAAGUGAAAAAAAAUAACCUUUGAGAUAUAUGAAAUUUGAUUUGCAAUUUGCAGCCUAGGUGUACAAUUUAUAAGUUACAACUGUACACUUGUUAAGGCAUUUAGUGAAGAGGAUUUUUAUUUGGUUUGUAAAUUAUAGUUGCAAUCAAAUUUCACUGUUAUGAGCUUUGUUUUUAUUUAUUACUUGAGGUUACUCAAGUUGUUUUCCUUUUUAAUGUUUUUUUUAAGGUUCAUUUUUUUCCUUGAAGUGGCAUUUAAAAUGCAAAGUGCAUGCAAUAUGUUUUAUCAUCUAAAUCUGAAGUGUAGCAGUGUUGUUUUGUUCUUAAUAAUAUAUAGGAAUUUAUAUCAAUGAAAACUACUUAUGUUUUAGUAAAUGCUAAUGGUGUUACAGUGCAUUAGUUUUGCACCAUUAACUUUCAUAUUUUAUUGUCAUUUUGUUUUAUUAUUAUUAUUUUUUAAUAAUAAUAAUAAUUAUAUGCUGCUUGACUAAUACUCUAAAAACUGUCUAUAAUCAGUAUUGCUCAGCCUUGUUGUUAUUCUUUUUGCUUAAAUUUCUUUUUUUCUUUCUUUUACACUGAAAAGACAAACUUUGCCACAAUGAAGAUAUGAAUAUAAACUUCUAAGAUGAUGUUUAAGAUUCUUACUAUAAAAGAUUAUUGCGUACAAAUUAUA